AUGGUUGGGGAUGCGGCUCCUCAGGCGACAAACCAGCAUCCACGCGUGGAAGCCGCCAUGGAUCUUCCAGUUGUGGUUGAUUCGGACGAUGAUGACACGGUCUCCCACGAACUGUGGCAAAUGAGAAGUAUAUUGGAAGAGGCGGUCUUGGAAACGCGCAGCAUGCCCCUCAAUAAUCGACCGCGACUUCCCCGAAUACCCCUAAGCAAGCGAAAUUGGGCUGUCGUGAGGGCUCUUAUCCCAAUGCUGGUAACCCAUUUGGAAGCCAGCCGGGACCUUUGCGAGACGGACUCAAUUCUUUUUGGCGCCGCACUAGCAGUUUGCCGUAUUAUUGGCGCCAAACUUCCCAUGGCUGGACGCGCUACUAAACAAAGUAGCGCCAUCCCAGCCUGGAGAAAAAAAAAAUUGAGGACCGUAUCGCAAAGGCAAGGGCCCUUAUCGGCAGACUGA